AUGCCACACAAGGGCAAAGAGCAAGCUAGAGCAGGCAUGACAUGCAUGACGGCGUGUCAGGCUAAUGUGAGCAGCCUGCCAGCUUCCAGGGCAUGGCCCAACGAAGUCCAGCCCACGAGAGGCAUAAACGGCGCCAGUGAGCGCCCGAACACGCCUAGUGCGGAAUUUAGUGCGGAAUUCAUUUCUAAAACACUCGAUGCGCAGCCCCCGCCCCGCACCCAAGUUGCACAAGUGCAGGUCGGCCACGGUGCCGCCUCGACCUCGGCCAUCGUCAGCGGCUUGCCCUCCCUUCAACGAACUACCAAGCCGGGGGUCAAGCAAGCGCAAGCGGGCCCGCCUGGCCCGCCUCAACCUUUCGCCGACCCGCACACGAGUAGGGUUAGGACCUGA